CGAGGAGAGGGAGGUGACGAUGAGCGCUAUAGCUGCAAGGAAAGCUCGCCUGGCGGCUCAGAAUGCGUCUGCAGAGGGCCUCAACGUUCCACUUGGUGGACCGUCCUCAGAUACCCAGGCAUCACCCUCGCCCAAGGAGGGGCCUCGAAGGGUGAAGCGCAAAGCGAAAGCGAAAGAUGAAGGCGAGGCGGGCAGCACACCCAAGAAGGGCCGGCCUGUUGCCGCCAGCAAGAUAAAGAAUGGCGAAGAGAACAACUUCAAAGCGCAGGCAGAAGGCAAGGGAUCGUCGAGAUACUUUCAGGCUUCUGGGAUGAGCAAUGGAAAUAGUAAUGGCCGCGGUCUCAGUCUUGAAGGGACAGGUGCCGAGGAUACGAACCCGGCGGUGGAAAGCACGAUGCAAGACGACUUUGUCGCCUUUCCUCAAGACGCGGAUGACGAUUCGAGCUCGGAUGAAGAUGCAAGCGCCUCAGAGGAGGAGAUGGACGAACCUGAACCUGGUCCAGCCGAAGUCGCAUUUUCGCAGCAUCAGGCACUCGGGUUCAGCCUGCCGCAAACUAGAGGGACGUGGAUGCCAAAUGAGUCGAAUUGCAUCUCAUUCAAGGGCACAAAGGGCAAAGAAAGGCAAGGAAGCACGAAGAUGCUGGUUGGGCUUUCUGCAGAUGAUACGCUGCCUUUUGUGGGCGCCGUGCACAUCACUGUCCUCAAAGGUGCAGUAAACGUCUCUGGGGCGCAUUUGAGGGCGAACCAAGCUUCUGCGCUGGUCUUCGCUCCGAAAAAUGGAUCCGUGCCUGUAAUCGAGACGCUCGAGCACGACGAAGAAGUCCAGCAACUCUCGGAAUACCCCAUCAGCGCUGCCAAUUUCUCGACGGUGGUCCUCAUUUCGUCGAGCACAAGCGGAAUAGAGGGUAUCGGGGCAGCUUGUCCACUCCCUCGACAUCUCUUCAGUUCGCCAAAAUACUUCACGACCGAUGAUCAACGAGCAGCCUCACGUCUUUCCCCGCUUCCUGGCUUCUACCCAGUCUUCGACACCCCAAUCGUGGGGCUUCAGGCAGCAUACAUGCCACCUUCUCAGUCUAGAGCCUUGUUUCUUCUUCAAGAGGAUGCUGAGCAAGCGUACGUCUCCCAGGGAGAUGCAUCUGAGGUUGCAUUUACCUGCCUCGUCCGAGGUCCCAAGCGGGUGGGCAAGUCGACCUUUGCUCGACAUGCUUUACAUGCUGUCCUCACCUCGCGCAAAUAUGCCCAGGUCGCCUUCCUAGAGACAGACUUGGGACAGACAGAGUUUGGGCCACCCGGUGCUGUCUCGCUUCACCUCUUUGAUGCUCGUGAGACCAUCGUCAUUGGUCCCUCUUGGUGUUCGCUGCGCGUCCCUUUGCGGUCUCAUUUCAUCGGCGACACAACGCCUCGAGACGACCCCGAUCGUUACCUCGAAGCCAUCCGAGAUCUCGUCGUAUUCUUUCAGCAGGAGGUGCGGAGGGGCGAAGAACAUCGUAUUCCUCUCCUGGUCAAUACGCAAGGAUGGAUCAAGGGGUUGGGAGCUGAUCUGAUCGGCCGCAUAGAGGACAUGACAUGCCCCACGCAUGUGUUCGACAUCUUCGCCCACGAAGCUCCCUCACAUUCGCUGAAUCCUGUCAGAGGACAUACGAGGCUUGAUGCCGACGGCGCCAUCAUAGGACCGGGUUCCAUCAUCGUACCGCUGGAACCUGCGCCGAUGAUGCUUGUGAAGGAUCGGGGCCCUUCUGCUGCCGAGGCCAGGACGCGCAGCUUGAUCAGCUAUCUAUACUCGACCACCUUGCCGCUUCCUGUUAUGCCCAAUCGCACCACUGACCCCCCUCCGGUGCCCACCUGGAACUUCGGACGGUCUCUACUGGAGGUCCGUCCCCUCAUCGUCGAUGUGGCGUCAGGUCUGCGCGGAGGCAUUCACAUUUUGCCAACUGGCGCGACACCGAAGCCAGAGCUACAGCUUGCCGCUCUCAAUGCGAGCUUGGUCGCUCUCGUUCGAGUUGACCAAGAUGCAGACACCGUCGAUGGCCAGGAAGGCGAGAGUGUAUGGCGCGAUGCUCUGUCGAGGACACUACCGUCAGCUGCCAGUUCGACGUGCCUCGGGUACGCCAUCGUGCGAUCCAUCGAUGUUGCUGCUGGCCACGUCCACCUCAUCACGCCAACUCCAGCGGCAGCCUUCAGUGAGCUGCCCAGCAACUCAGAUGGCGGAGCGAAGAAGCCUGUACUUGCCCUUGUCAAAGGUGCAAUCGACGUGCCUGUCCUCGCAUCGCUUGACUUUGACACGAUUGCAGCCGCUCAGCGUGGUGACCUCUCCUCGAGCACGUCGCAGGAGCGCACCAUGGCUGGCCUACCGCUCAGUUUGAUCCCUUACCUCGAGUUCCCGAGAGACGAACAAAUGCACCUCAGCCACGCCCAGGACUCUCUGCAGCGAGAUGAGCAAGAAGGCAUGGCUUCGCUCGGCAUGGCGAAGCGCAAGAUUCGACGGAACAUCCAGAGGAGGUCUCAGAGGUAGCAGAGCCCUUCACUUAUUGUCUUGCAAACAUGUACUUUUACUCUUUUGAUCAUGGAUAGACCACAUGCAAUCGUUU